AUGGAUUCUCCAGAAGUAAAUCUUGAUUGCUCUUUGCUUCUGUAUUACCCCGGGGGACCAUAUUAUAGUAGCAGGGAGAAAGAAAGUGCUAAUUCAUUCUCAGAUAGGUCAGUUCUGGUUAUGGCAAGCUUGAGGAACAAAGGAGAAAAAGGUAGCAAGGCUGCAACUGGAAUUGUUCCCGAGAUGCUGACUGAGGAAAACUACGAGGACUGGAAGGUUUGCUUGAAACAUUAUUUGGUUGGGCAUGGACUUUGGGGUGUUGUAUCUGGAAAAGAGCCUGAACCAAGUAAAGAUAAGAAACAAGAACACGAGGAAUGGAAGAAGAAGAAUGCAUUGGCUUUACAUGCCAUUCAACUUUCAUGUGGACCAGCCACAUAUGCAAAGUUUAAAGAAGCUCACAUUUGUGCACGAGUUGCAUGGAAUCAUUUGGCUGAGAAAAUCAAGCGCCCACACAAGUUCAAAGAGCAUGAUCAUGAAGAGGAAAACCAUGUGGAAGAUGAAGGAGCAAGAGAGUACCUUAAUUAUGGGAACUUGUACAAAGCAAUUGAAGAAGGAAAGUGCCAUUCUAUAAAGAGUUUCCUGGAGCAGGAUCCAAAUGCUGUUAGGGCAAGAGUUUCUUCACAUAGGGACACAGCUCUUCACAUUGCCAUUCUGGUUGGUCAUAUCAAGAUUGCAGAAGAGUUGGUGAAGAAAAUGCAGCCACAAGACUUGGAAUUGAUAAAUGAGUAUGGUGCCACAGCACUUUCUCUAGCUGCAAUAAGUGGUGCAACAAAGUUGGCAAAGGCAAUAGUAGAAAAAAAUCCUAAGCUAGUUAGCAUGGAAAAUGACCAUGAUGAUGGACAGCUCCCUGUCAUUGUCGCUGCUUUGUAUGGUCAAAAGCGUAUGGUUCGAUACCUAUACAAGGUGACCUCAAAGGACGAGCUUCAGGGUGAGAGGGGUGCUACAUUGCUCAAUUGUUUGAUUACAGCUGAAAUUUUUGAUGUUGCCUCAAUGUUGCUGAAACGAUAUCCGCAUCUUGGUGUCACCCCAGAUCAUAAUGGCGACUACACCCUCAGAAUAUUGGCUCACAAGCCUUCUGCAUUUCCUAGUGGAACAAAACUUGUCCUCUGGAAAAAGUGGAUCUACUCCUGUGUAAUGGUGCAUUCUCCUUGGGAGAGUCCAAGAGGUUCCCAAACUUCUCAUGAAGAUGACAGCAUUGGAAGUCACAGGUCAAGUGUGAUGGAUUUCCACAACAUUGACAUUCCAGAUUCGAGUGAUGGGGAUCUGAGAUUGCAUGAAGGUCAUUCCAUUCGUCACUGUGUCCCAGAUAUUAAGCAUAUACAUGACAGGAAAUUGGUUCAUGAUGAAGCAGUUAAACUCCUGAGCUGUAUAUUUAAGGAAACCAGACACAUGAGCAAGUCACAACUUGAAAAGAUGGAGAUAGACAAAGUUCUAUAUGAAGCUAUCAAGCAUGGAAUUGUUGAGUUUGUCGUAGAAAUUCUCAAAUUUACCCCAGAAAUUAUAUGGAGAAAAGACAAAAAGGGAAGAACAAUUUUUGCACAUGCAAUUGUGCUUCGCCAAGAGAAAAUUUUCAGUCUCAUAUAUGGUUUGGGAACACAAAGAUGUAUAAUGGCACGUCGACAUGAUGUAUUUGGGAACAAUUAUUUGCACUUAGCAGCAAAAUUGUCCCCUCAAUCCCAACUCGACCGGGUCUCGGGAGCAGCUCUACAAAUGCAGAGGGAACUACAAUGGUUUAAGGAAGUUGAAAGUAUUGUACAACCAAAGCUGAAGGAAGACAUGAAUGAUAACAAGAAAACCCCAUCCGCAUUAUUCACCGACGAGCAUAAGGUGCUGGCCAGGGAGGGGGAGAGAUGGAUGAAAAAUACUGCAGGAUCAAGUAUGAUUGUGGGCACUCUAAUCUCUGCGGUCAUGUUUACUACAGCGUUCACUAUUCCAGGCGGUAAUAGCCAAUCAGGCCUCCCAAUCUUGCUGGAAACUCAAACAAAGGCUUUCUUGAUAUUCAUGAUUUCAAAUGCACUAUCCAUGUUCACAUCUUCCACUUCAAUACUGAUGUUCUUAGGCAUUCUUACAGCAAGAUAUGCAGAAGAAGACUUUCUCAAGUCCUUACCUACAAAACUAGUAAUCGGGCUCGCAUGCCUAUUCUUUUCCAUAGUCACCAUGAUGUUAUCUUUUGGUGCUGCUAUAUAUCUGAUGUUGAACAAACAGCUAACUUGGGUAUUCUAUCCCAUUGUUGCUCUCUCCACUGUUCCAGUUGCUUUUUUCUCAUUGUUGCAAUUCCCUCUCCUUGUUGAGAUGAUUAAUCGAACAUAUGGAUCGGGCAUCUUUGGCAAUUCCAAAGGAAAACUCUCAUGGUGUGGUUUAUGA